AAAAUAAUCCGACAGGUGGCCCUGCGAAACGUGUUCAUAAAUGGUAACUUACAAAGUUGCCCAGUGAUGAAAUUCUGUUGUAUUUGAAGACAUUUUGUGUAUAAAGUUUAAUCAUGAUAUCAGUCCUUUUGUCAAGGAUUGUUAUACUCGUCUUUGGCCUUCUAUAUCCAGCUUAUGCUUCUUUCAAGGCCAUCCGCACCAAGAAUGUUAAGGAAUAUGUAAAGUGGAUGAUGUACUGGAUUGUAUUUGCCCUUUUUAGUGCAGUAGAGACCUUCACUGAUGUCCUGUUGUCUUGGCUACCAUUUUAUUAUGAAGUUAAGAUUCUGUUUGUUGUAUGGAUGUUGUUACCGGUAACCAAAGGAUCCAGCUACCUCUACAAAAAAUUUGUACACCCCCACUUAGCCAAACGAGAAAAGGAAAUUGAUGACUACAUAGACCAAUACAGCAAAAAGGGCUACACCACCCUUCUGAGUCUGGGUUCACGAGGUCUGACGUAUGCCACCAAUGUGGUGGUCACCACAGCAAUAAAGGGUCAGUCCUCAUUGGUGGACCACAUCAAGAAGAGUUACAGUACAAACGACCUUCGAGUGGGAGAGGACACGGUGGACGGCCAUCAUCCCAGCUUUAUGUUAGAGGAUGAUGAAUUAGAUGAGAGAAUAGCCCAAGAUAACCGUGAAAUUGAGAGAAGGAAACCUCUUCGACGUAGUACCAGUGAUGUCACAGAGGUAGUUCGACCUCCAACAUCCAGAUACAGAAACCCAGCCACAGAGCUUUCAAAAGUAGUAGAAGUGGAAGAAGAAUACUCAUAUCACGAGGAAUCUGUGCAUGUACGGCCGGGCUACUACAGUCCUAGACAGGAGAUGUAUUUCUAUGGUCAAACUCGACCCAUACGGUACAUUACCAAGAACCCGCGCCCGUACCCGCAGUAAAUUGCCAAAGUGAAGGAUCUCAAGCUUAUGACAAGUUGAUGCCAGCCGGUUAAAGGUCAUCUCCAUAGCAACAGCUUAUUAACAAUAGGCAAUGGACUCGGCUUCACAAACACUUUAGUCAAUUUCACAUGUUGAAAUGAUGUACAUGUAUACACUAGCUUCACUAGCUUGAUACAAUUUCAUAUGAACUUGGAGGCAGAUUUGCCAUAUGUGAUGGUAUUUUUUGUUAUGUUUGUUGAUGUUUGACAUCAAUGGUAUCAGUGGAUUUAGUCUAUUGAAGCAAUGUAGCUGAAAAACAAGUUUAUUUGGGGAUAUCAAUGCAUUCAAAUUUAUUUUCAUUAUAAUGUUGUUAUAAUUGUAGGUUUAGGGGCUUCUAAAAGACAAUUCAAGAUUUAAUUUACAGAAUGAUUUUCAAUAUUAAGUUAGAGAGGUCAAAUUAGAACUUUUAGAACACACUGUUUGAAUCACAAGGUGCUUUAUACAAUUACAGAGGUUUCGUACCUCCAGUUUCACGAUACAGGAGUAAAACUUCGUAGAGUUUAGUAUUUAUUGCUUUUUGGCAUGAUUUUGAUUUUAUUGAAUGAAAAAUCUACUUAAGAUAUUAUAUGAAAUACAAAAAAUCAGUUAAACUGUCUGCUCUAUUGUUGUUGUGUCUUGUACAUUUUUAUUGCAGUCUGAUUUUGGUUUCUUAACAGAUUCUUUCUUUACUGUGUAAAUUGUACAUAAUGAUAAUACUGUUAUUUGAAACAGAAUUCUAUAUCAAUGUGAAGUCACUAAGUCAUUGUGGGAUAUGAAAGUUUAUGUUGAUAACGAAAAAAAAGUUAUGUGAGCCCUGUACCUAAUAUGGAUCAUGUGACUCUAAAUGUGAGUGAAUUUUUAACCUUGAUUGCGUGGUUGUGUGUACACUCAGGGCAGGGUAUUAUGAGCAGUGUCUUACAAUGGGAAUGCCAGUAUCUGUUGAGAUUUGUAUAUAUGUUGUAUAUAAUUACCAGUCAAUCAUUUGUAUUUUUUUCAGUUCAUUUUUCUAUACAGCUUUUUUUGGUUUUGUGAAUUUUUAUUUUUUUGCCCUAUAUCUCUAUGCUCAAAUAUUUCUUUUGUUUGCAUUUUUUCUAUCACACAAAACAUUCCAUGCCUGCUUGUUUUGUAUUUUUUUAAACCUGACUUUUGUAACUUAUUCUUCAAACUAUUUACCAAAUCAGAUGCCAUAACUUUUAUUGUUCACCAAAUUGAGUGUUGUAAUAGUAAGUUAUUAUAAUACCAGUAUAUCAUUGUGAAUUAUUGGAGGACUUCAAGACUCUUGCUUUCAAUUAUUCAAAAAUAAUUAAAUUACAGGGAAAAAAAUGUUUUAAAUUAGAAAAAUAUGACAAAAGAAAUGUUGUGUUUCUGAACAGUCAUUAAAACUGAAAAGCAAAUACCACUUGAGAGCAAAAUAGCAAAUAUUAGUACUUCAUUUUGAUAAGAUGGACAAAGAUUAUAGGAUAUGAGAAUCGUUUGUUUUGAGAUUAUACCUCAUUAACGGUGCUGUGUCACUUGUUAACUUGUACCAUGGAAUAGCUUGUCUUUUUCCUCUGUUUUAACCUUUCUGUUUAGAUAGUUUGUUCUGAGUUGGGACUACCAAAUGUGUUCUAGUGUCAGAGAGGUUGACUUUCGUUGAGGAAGAUGAACAUGUUAAGCUUUCUUGAAGUCGUAUAAAUCGACAUCACGAUGUGUUAAUCUGUGAUAAUCUUAUUGUGCAUAUAUUUUUUUUGAAGACUUAGAAACCCACAACGAAUAAGUCAACAUAAAAGGGGUUAUUAUUAAGACUGUUCAGUGUAUAUUCACAAUUAAUUAAAUGUAAACUCCAGUGACACCUGUAUGAUUCACUGAUCAUUGAUGAGCUUGACACUGGAUCUGAUACUAGCUAUUAAAAGCAAGCGUAAGAGCACAUCUUACAUCAGAAUUUAAGCGUUAGACAAGGCUUUGUCUUAGAAAAUGUAAAAAUAGAAAAUGUGGUCACAACAUUCAUUCAUUUUACAAUGUGAAAUCUGACGUAUAUGAAAUUGCGACAGCCAUGUCUGUCUUUAUUUAAACAAGUUUACAUGUACAUUACUUUUGAUAUCAUUUUGCUAUUUAAUUACAUGAAAUAUUCUGGGAAAUAUGUUCCAUGUAUGUUUUCAGCAAUAUGUUCCUGAUUUUCAGAGAACAUUAAUACUGCUUCUAAAGCUACUCUUAGACUUAUAGAACCAAGAAAUAUUUUGUAAAGAUUGAACAGGUGACACAUUAAGAUGGGGUCUUUGUUGUAGAGUAUUUAUUGAAUGAUAAAUACAUACAUGUAGUUGUAGAUCUGCAUAAUUAGUGGGGAUGAUUGGUAUGUCAUAUUGACCUUGUGUCAGAAAUAAAUUGUAUAAAGUUGACCUUAAUACUGCAGUUAACAAUAAAAUUUGUCAUCAUU